GGUGACUUUGUAGAUAGAGGUUAUUAUAGUCUUUAGACUUUCACUUACCUGCUUGCACUAAAAGCUAAGUGGCCCGAUCGUAUCACACUGUUGCGAGGCAAUCACGAGAGCAGGCAGAUAACACAGGUGUAUGGAUUUUAUGAUGAGUGCCAAACCAAAUACGGAAAUGCUAAUGCUUGGAGAUACUGCACCAAAGUCUUUGACAUGCUCACGAUAGCGGCUUUAAUAGACGAGCAGAUCCUCUGUGUGCACGGCGGCCUCUCUCCGGACAUCAAGACACUCGAUCAAAUUCGAACCAUUGAACGUAAUCAAGAAAUUCCUCACAAAGGCGCCUUCUGUGACCUGGUCUGGUCUGACCCAGAAGACGUGGACACGUGGGCCAUCAGCCCGCGAGGAGCAGGCUGGCUCUUCGGCGCGAAGGUGACGAAUGAGUUUGUCCACAUCAACAACUUAAAGCUCAUCUGCAGAGCGCACCAGCUGGUUCACGAGGGCUACAAAUUCAUGUUUGAUGAGAAAUUGGUAACGGUAUGGUCCGCUCCAAACUACUGCUACCGCUGUGGAAAUAUCGCCUCAAUCAUGGUCUUUAAAGAUGUAAAUACAAGAGAACCAAAGCUAUUCCGUGCAGUCCCCGAUUCAGAACGUGUAAUUCCUCCCAGGACAACCACGCCGUAUUUCCUCUGAGGCCUCUCCCUGCCUGCUGCCUCCCUCCUCCCCUGUACCAUCCCCUUUACAAUAUACUUUUUAUCGAGCACUUUGCUGCUGAAAUGCUGCCUCUUGCCUUUUUUAUUUUUAAAUUAUCUAAAUUUAUUGUGUAUGAUGGUGUCUGUAGCAAGUUGUUUUGGUUUUAUUUCCCCUUUACCCUUAGAUUAAUUUCAGAGUAUUUGUAACAUGUCCUUGAGAUUUAUACUACUGCAUGUAG